AUGACGAGCAGCCAGCCGAACAGAUCGAACCUCGAAACCGCAAACGCACUCAAGAAACAGCUCACGGCAGCAAUCAGCGCAUCAAACGAGAAGGAAAUCAAAGAAUGUCUCGAGCGCAUCAAAAAGGAGGUCAUCCCCAGCGAAGAUAUUAUCCGAGCAACCAAGAUCGGAAUCACCGUCGGAAAACAGAGACAGAACGCGAAUCCAGAGAUUGCUAAGCUGGCGAAAUCGAUCAUCAUCCAUUGGAAGAGUCACAUGAAGAAAGAGCCCUCCGCAUCCCAAUCCUCUUCCAAAAACAACAACCCCGCCGGAAGCCCGAGUCUUUCGAGUUCGCAGCAUUCUACUCUCAAGUCGCCUCGUCCAGACCAGUCCUCCGCCAAACCAACAGCCCUCACGAGCCCCGCCAAGCCGCCACCCCCGACGAGCUCCUCCACGACGACCUCGAGCACCGCCCAGAACGCCUCCUCACAGCCGGCAACGGGCUCCUCUCAGCCGAAACCCACCCCCCAAUUCUCUGCGAAUAAGGUCAAGAGGACGGGCCCUCGGAGCUCGAAGACGGAGGACCCUGGGUUGAACUUCGAGCUGUAUAAGGACGAGAAGGUCCGGAACGGGAGUCUCAAAGCCGUCUUCGAUGCCUUGAUCUUCGACUCCGAUGCGCCCGCCGAUCUGAUACACGAUAGAGCCAAGGCGAUCGAAUUCGAGGUCAACAAAUCCCACGACUCGGCCGGCUACAAGAACAAAAUGCGCUCGUUGAUCUUCAACCUGCGUGACAAGAACAACCCGGGGCUCCGCGAAUCCGUUGUUUCGGGCGAGAUCUCGGCCAGCAGACUAUGUGUCAUGGGCCCACAGGAUAUGGCGAGCGAGGAACGCAAAGCCCAGGACCGCAAGUUGGCCGAGGAGAACCUCUUCAAAGCCCGAGGAGCCGGGCCUCAGCAGGCGGAAACAGACGCAUUCAGAUGUGCCCGGUGUGGCCAGAGGAAAUGCACCUACUAUCAAAUGCAGACCCGGUCGGCUGAUGAACCUAUGACUACUUUCGUCACCUGUGUUAAUUGUAAUUGUCGCUGGAAGUUUUCUUGA